AAAAACAAUCUAUAUUUAGACCAAAAUGCACUUUUGAUAAUGUGGGAGAAAAAAUGUUAUCAAUUAAAAUGAAAUCGAUGCGUGGUGUUUUAUUUCACUCUGACACUAUGCGACUUGAUCCAUUUUCUUCAGUUUCGCCGGGUGUGAUAACGGUUAGGAGGAAAUGAGUGGGCUUACAUGUCCUGUCAACUGGUAUCAAUCGCAGAACAAAAAUCGUUUCGUGCCGAGCUGACGCCACAACUUCAAAAUGGGAAAACACGUGAAAUUGGUUCUGUGCUCAUUUCUCGGUUUUCUAAUUUGUGGGUGUGAAGGAAUAUGGGACAAAGAAGUUGACUUGGGACGAUGUCCAUUAAUCUGCACUUGCAGAUUAGAACACUUGAGCGACACAGCCAUCUAUCGUUUCAUGCAAAAGGACAAAGAAGUCCAACUACCCGGAGAGCUCGGUUCCGUUGAAAACAACGACGUGCUAUACGAAGAAUCGUUGGAUUCCGGUUUGUUUGAGGACAAGGCCAUAGUACGAUCGGCGAUUUGCAUUUUGCAAACGGAAACCAACCCCUUAACACUUCUGGAACAACUACCAAAACACAUCGAGUCUUUGACAUUGAUACAAGGCUACGAAUCCGGCAACAAGUCGGUCAAAUUCAGCGACCUCAGCGAGUUUAAGCAGCUCAUCAGUUUGGAAUUGCUCGGACCGAACGUGGGCAGCAAACGUAACAACGAGAGUCAUUUGAUCUGCGAAAUCGACACACCGAUUGAAGACUUAAAAUAUCUAAACCUCGAAAGGAUUUUAAUUAAGAAGUCCUUAACCCAAAUACAGAAGUUCGUCAAGGAGUUCAACGAAGACGAUGUUACAUUCGAGUUCGUUUACAGAUACAACGAGGAACUGCAUCCUUUGACAAUCGUGCAAAAAGGUGCAGAUGAAAUUCAGCCGUACCAGAAAGUUGUUAAAGAAGGCGAAGGCCUGCACGAAUACCCCAUGUUCCACGGCUUCAAAAAUUUGUUCUUCUUGAGAAUCGCCAACUGUGACCUGAACCAUAUCUAUUGGGAAAUGUUCGACGGACUGAGCAAUCUCGAGUACUUAAUCCUGGAGAAGAACCUCCUCAAAUUCAUCCCUGCGUUCGCGUUCUACGGCACGCCCAACUUGAAAACUUUGUCCCUGGCCCACAACAAUUUGUUGGACAUUCAACUCAGGGAUUUGGCUGGUUUACUUGAAUUGGAAUAUUUGGACUUGACGUACAACAACUUCUCUCAACUUUCUGAGCUGUCUCUUCCACCUUUUCCUAAGUUAAAACUGGCCAACUUCGCCAACAAUCCCAUAAGUGUGAUUUUCAGCAACACUUUCGAAGUUAUGAACACCACGGACUCGUUAAUAAUUGGCAGCGAUGACAUGCCCUUGAACCUCACCAUCAACUCAUUCCAAGGCUUGAAUUUAUUAAAGAAGCUGACCCUCAUCAACCUCUUGAUGCCGGUACUGCAGCGGGAGCAACUGGUCGGGAUGCCGGUGCUAAAAGAAUUGAUCCUCACUGGUAAUAUAGCGAGGAUUGAAUUCGACGCCUUCGUGGAGGUACCCAAGUUGGAAACGCUUAUUUUGGCCGAAUGCAACAUAGUGGAGCUAUCCAUGGACUCGUUUAUGGGGCUCUCCGAACUCCAGUACUUGGACCUGUCGAAGAACAAGCUGCAGCACUUGCCUCCGGGUAUUUUCGACAUGCUGACAGGGCUGAAGGAGCUGUACCUGAACGGCAACCAGCUGGAGGUGUUGCCCAGAGACAUUUUCCAACGCAUUCACCCGAAGCUAAUAAGAUUGACCGACAAUCCUUGGCACUGUUCUUGUCAGAUGAGCGAAUGGAAACCGGUCAUCGUCAACAGGAUUAAACAGAAGGUGUACAAACCCUGUGUCUCCACCCACGACAAGGGUGUGUCGUGCACAUACGAGAACAAGUUCGCAUUCAAAUACGUUUACGACAAUCGUGUAGCCCCGAAAUGCGUCGAACCGAAGCAAUUCGUCAACUGGAGUGUAUUCUUGGCCAUGCGUAAGUUGUUGAAAUGCAAGGACUACAAACCCAAGUUCAAAAAACCUGGUUCGAAAAGCUCAUCGGAGCAAAUCGUUCAAAAAAGUCAAGAACUUCCUGUUGUUCAAGAGAUUUUAGCUCCGGUGCGAGAAGUGGUGGAAGAAGUCAUUGCAAGUACUGUAAAGCCCACGGUUAAUUUGUCACUUAAAAGGAGGUUGCUGAGGAAGAAAAUCAGGAGAGUCCAAAACAGAAGAAAGUAUAUGGCUCAGUCGAAGGACAAUAAUAUCAGUAAUAAUAUAUUUACGCAGGGACAACAGUAUAAUAAUUUAAAUAGUGACAUCAGUAACAACAUCAUCUAAGUAAUUAAACUUGAACUUAAAUAAUAUUUAUUGUAUAUAUUUUUUAAAAAUAAUCAGUAACUUUAUUUUAGAAACAUAUGUAAUGAAAGGAAGAUAAAUUUAAUUGCCUGAUUAUGAUUAAAAUUAAUUUACUGUUCAAUUUAAAUAAGAUUUUAAUCAAUAAAAAUGUGGUUUAGAA